UAGCUCGCUUACAUAACAUUUUUUGAUACAUGUUUAUAGAAAUCUUUUGUUUUAAAAUUGAAUAUUCUAUCACCUGUUUAAAUUUGUAACAAUAAAAACGGAACACCCUGUAUUUCUAAAAUACUAUUAUUGAGAACUAUUAUCAUCACAAAUACUUACGAAAGUAUUUCUAGAUAAAAUUAAUGCAAAAUCAAAUAAAAAACACUUAAAUUUUCUUAUUCAAAACAUCAGAAUAACUCCAACUCUGAUGCUUCUGUCUGUGUCAAAACUGUCAAAACAACAAAUGGGUUUAUUUCUUGUUCAAAUACUAUCGGUAGUGACACAAAACACUUUUUCCUUUUUCUUUGCAGUUUCUUUGUUUUUUUUUUUCAACAAAUAUUUCAUAUCAUGACAUUAGAAAAUUCCUUUAAUAAUUGCAGAAAUAGGUUCACUUGAAUGCAAAAAAACGCAAAUUGUCAAAAACAAAAUCGUAAAAUUUUUCAGAGAUUUUUACAUAGUUUGAAAAAAGUUGUUUCCAAAAAGGUUAGAAAUCUAUUAAAAGAAAUAUCUUAUUUAAUGGUCUUGCAGUGCACUGUCAUAGUCAGUGUUAAAAACGAAAUGGAAAAAAUUGAUAGAGGUUUAAAAGAUACCUGAAAAUUAUGAAAUUGUGAAUUGUAACAAAAAACUGGCAUUUAUAAACAGACCAAAUUACAUUAUAAAAAAAUCAAUUUACGUUUCUUUUUGCACUCAAAUGUAUGAACAAAAAUGAUAUAACCUCAUUUACGAUAAGAAGAAAAUAAUGCUUACAAUUUAAGUUAAUAACUCAGAUAAGUAAUUAAUUACUGCAAGUAAUAAUGAAUUAACAACAUUAAAUAAGUAAGGUUAUAUUUUUCACCGUUGUACUAGUGAUAUAAAACACGGUAGAGAAGAUUUUUAUAGCCUUGCAUUUAUUACCUACUUUCCUCCAUGCUACGCAUCUCGGGGAAUAAACAUCUCGGCUCUAAAAAAAUCUCUUCUCUACCUUGUGAAAUAAUAUACUAUUAAUUUUGAUAAGAAAAAAAGUGUCUUGUCCUACAUGUAUUCCUGGUUACACAACUUGUAUGUAAAAUUAGUUGGAAACUUUAAUAUAGAACAGUCUCCACCUAGUUGUCUUUUUGCUCAAUGCUCAGUCCUGACCUUUCCAAAUUUCCCUUAUCACACACAAAAGUGCAAACUCAGACGGUUUAUAACUUUUUCAAAUUGAAUUUUGUCUCAAUUUCUGAAAUAUUCAAGAAAAAGUCCACAAAAAUCGAUUGACGCAUUCCUCCUCGAAAUAACAAAGGUUAUUAUCACUCAAUGCAAAACCUAACCAAAAUGCAAGAAACACCACUUGAAGAAAUUGUCUAUAAAGCAUCUGACGACUCUCCUACAACCUUGAAACCCACAAAACAGCCAAAAUUCAAUUUUUAUCUCUACUUUGUCGCAGCCAUCGCCAACUUGCUGAGUUUUUCAACCGGAAAUGCAAUUGUUUGGGUGGCUCCAGUACUACCAAAGCUCCUCUCAAGUAAAAACCUUCAAGACAAUCCCCUGGGGCGCAUUAUAACACACUCGGAGGGGGUCUGGGUCGCCGGUUUGCUACCCCUGGGGGCUAUUUUCGGCCCUGUUUUCGCCGGAAAAAUCGCCGAUAAAAUUGGACGCAAAAAUAGUCUGAUUGGUUUAGCCCUAAUUAAAGUUGUCUCACUCCUAAUCACGGCUUUUGCCACGUCUAUCUCUCUUUACUACGUCUCGAGGUUCAUGAUUGGUGUUGCAAUCGGGACAAUUUUCGCAGUGCUACCAAUGUACUUGGUCGAAAUUGCUGAAAAUCACAAUAGAGGCGCUUUGGCGUGCUCCAUGGCCGUUUUCAUAGCAAUAGGUUUCAAUUUUUCGUACUUAUUAGGGCCCUAUCUCAGUGUGCAAAACUUCUGUUUGYUUUGUCUCACCCCUUUGUUGGUUUUUGUACCAAGUUUCCUCAUUUUGUGCCCCGAAACCCCCGUUUUUUUGGCCGUAAAACACGAAAGAGGAAAACUAGUCAAAAGUUUGCAAAAAAUUCGAAACGACAAUUUUGAACCCGAAUUAACACUUCUUGAAGCGUCCCAACAAAUCCAACAAGUCACAAGUGGGAUUAAAACUCUGCUCAAGAUGAAAUCAUUGCGAAAAGGCCUGAUUAUCUCCCUAGGACUGAUAAGUCUGCAGCAAUCGGCCGGCGUGAGUGCAAUAUUGUCGUACUUACAAACCAUUUUCGAAGCAACGGGAAGUAAAUUGGCACCGGAAAUUUGCUCAAUAAUCAUUGGGAGUUUUCAAGUUUUCGGCACACUUUUAGCGUCCACGAUUGUGGAUAAAGUCGGACGGAAAAUCCUACUUUUGUGCUCCUCGGCCGGAAUGUCAAUAACUCUGCUUUUGCUCGCGUUGUAUUUUUACCUCCAGGGAUAUAAAUUUGUAAUUGUGGCUAAACUGUCGUGGUUGCCGGUUUUAUCACUUGUUGUUUUUAUUUUAUCGUUUAGUUUUGGUCUGGGGCCGGUGCCGUGGGCCGUAAUGGCCGAGAUUUUUCCAGCGAAUGUUAGGUCUCUAGCUGCCUCUUUGACGAGUAUUACUUGUUUUCUUAACACUUUUGUGAUCACUGUCGCUUUUCCCUCGAUGGCGUUGUUCUUUGGAAUGGCGAAUUGUUUUUUGAUUUUUGCCGUUAUUUGUGUAGCCGGGACUUUUUUUAUUUAUAAAGUUGUGCCCGAAACGAAAGGUAGGAGUUUGCAAGAAAUACAAAAAUUGUUGGAAGGAUAAAAUAAAACUUUUUUUUGGA